CGGGAGGAGCGGGAGGAGGAAUGGGAAAAGGAGUCGGAAAAGGAGGGGUGGGAGGAGGAGCGGAAGCAGGUGCAUGAGAAGGAGCGGGAGGGGAGCCGCGGGAGGAGGAGCUAGAGAAGGAGGAGCGGCAGGGGAAACGGGGAAGGGGUUAGGAGUGGGAGAAGGAGCACGAGGACAAACGAGAAGGGGCGUAGGAGGCCCAGGAGGAGGGGUGGUAGAAGGAGUGGGAGGAGGAGCCGGAGGGGAAAUGGGGAGGGGGUUAAUGAACGCGCGGAGGGCAGAGGAGGGGGAGGAGAUAUACGUGAAGGAGGAAAAGCGGGAGGAGCACGAGGACGAGCGGGAGAAGGAGUCGGAGGAGGAACGGGGGAAGAGCAGGGAAAGCACCGGGAGAAGGAAAAGCAGCACCCGAAGCGUUGGGAUCGCAAGGGUGGGGGAGGAGGGGGAGGCUGGAUUGAGGAAGAAAGAAAGGGUGGGAGCCGGGGGGAGAAGCCGGAGUCGGGAUUGGGGAAGGAGGGGGAGGGGAGGGGGAAUCGGUUCGGAGGACUCGGAGCGCCGUGUGACGGAUCGUCCCACAGUUCUCGUCAAAAACACUGCAGUGAAGGCAUGGCAUGCAACUUUGGGCUGCUUCAUGACGUGCAAUGGUUUCCAUGUGCGUGUUCCUGUUGUCGAUGUUGCACAAGAGGUUAACGGGGCAUCUGGUUUUCACCUGUAGUCAUCGUCAUUGAAGGUUCGCAUGAGGGUCGCGCCUGCUGCGCGG